AAAAUAAAUUUUUUUGUUUGUAAUUUUGUGAAACUAAAAUUUUAGUUUAUUUUAGUUUUAAUAGUUUUAAAUUAACUAUGUUAAUUCAGAAAAUUAAUUUUAUUAUAUUAGUAUAUUUAUGUACAGUUGUUUUAGGCGGUCCGGUCAAUUUAGACAAAGACAAUUAUGAUCUGACUAUAGAAGUUGCAGACAGAUUAAGUGUCAGUAAACUAGAUCCGGAUAUAGAUGCUGAAGUGAUAAACGAUUAUCUGAAAGAAUCGAUAACCGAACCGCCGACAUCUGAACCAACACCAUCAACAACACCCGAACCAAUAACAACAACACCCGGACCAACACCAUCAACAACACCCGAACCAAUAACAACAACACCCGGACCAACACCAUCAACAACACCCGAACCAAUAACAACAACACCCGGACCAACACCAUCAACAACACCCGAACCAAUAACAACAACACCCGGACCAACACCAUCAACAACACCCGAACCAAUAACAACAACACCCGGACCAACACCAUCAACAACACCCGAACCAAUAACAACAACACCCGGACCAACACCAUCAACAACACCCGAACCAAUAACAACAACACCCGGACCAACACCAUCAACAACACCCGAACCAAUAACAACAACACCCGAACCAAUAACAACAACACCCGGACCAACAUCAACAACGCCAACAACACCAACAACACCAACAACACCAACAACACCAACAACACCAACAACACCAACAACACCAACAACGCCAACAACACCAACAACACCAACAACACCAACAACGCCAACAACACCAACAACACCAACAACACCAACAACACCAACAACACCAACAACACCAACAACACCAACAACACCAACAACACCAACAACAACACCCGAAACAACACCCGAAACAACACCCGAACCAACACCAACAACAACAACGGACUCGGGAUCUGUUGUUAUAUUUUUUAAUAUAGUAGUUAUGUUAAUGUCUAUAGUUUUACCGUUUUUGAUACUAUAGAUUUCAUACAAGAAAUAAAUAAAUAAAUUACUUAAUCAAGAUACUUUUUUUUUUAAUAAUG